ACGGCCAUAUUGCAAUCGAUCUCCUCGCAGUUUAGUCRGCAGGACGUUUGCUAUCUGGUCCUUUAUGAGGGCUUUCGUCGUAUUGUUGCUUUUAUCUGUUGUAGGGAAUGGAUGGGGGAGCAUUAAGUUUUACAAAGAGGCUCURCAAUUCUUGAUGAAGCUUCAUUCAGAAUCAGCUAUGAAAGUUAUAGCAAACAGUACUGGACAUGAAACGCAUYAUCAAAGCAACGAAAAAAGAUCAGAAGUCGCUGGAGUUGUUGCGGUUUACAAAAGGAAGUUUGAUUUAGACUCCCCACUUUAUACCACAAGCAGUUAUAAGUUCCCCGUGGAUUCGUUCGUCAAGAAUGCAAUGAUAGCUAUUUUAGGUGAAGACGGAGUUUUGGAAAAAGGAGGGUUUUACUUGGAUGGAUACAUAUCAAAGAGCGGGAAAGCUCUUAUCAAAAUGGCUAAAAGCUUUGGCAACAGAACAAAUCUUAUUGCCGAGGUAAUAAAGCAGGCACAGCACAGUCCAAGUUUAGACACGCCAUUGGCUGUAAUCGUUCACCUUCUUCUGACGACCGAAGAUACUAACAACCUUAUUGCCUGGCAGAAGGAACAGAUACAAAAGGGUAAUUUGAAAUUCGACGAUCCUUGUGCUCCUAAAAUGUUAGUCAUGUACAAAUGUUGUACAUCAACUGUUCUACCUCUGAUUGGUCCGUUUUUUGGUACUCUAAGAAUAGCCACAGAUUAACCAUUGGGAUGCUGGGUAAAAGAAAAGGGAGGAACUGGUAUAGUAAAAUGGUGUUUGUCUUUCCAUUCAAGAAUUCGUAUUUUACUGUAAGACUUGUAUCUCAAUAAAUAGYAAUGUUUAUUGAUCAAA